AUGAAGGAGCUGAAGGCCCUGAAGAUCCGCGUCACCUUCUGCAUCAUCCUGGUCGGGGUGUCCCUCAUGUUGGCCGCCGUGAUGAGCGACCACUGGGCCGUCAUGACCCCCAUGGUGGACGACUACGACGAGCCCUGCGAGAUGGCGCACUUCGGCCUGUGGCGGCUGUGCACCAAGAAGAUCUUCGUGGAAGGGAUCGACGUGGUCAGCAAACCCUGCGGACCCCUCAGUUCACCGGGAGAUGUUAACUGCUCGUACUUCAAGCAUUUCACGUCUGGAGAAAACACUGAGAUUGUGCAGGUCACCACCCAGAAAGAGUACAGUAUCUCCGCAGCAGCCAUCGCCAUCAUCGGGGUGGGCUUCAUGGCCAUGGGCACCGUCUGCACCCUCCUCGCCUUCAACGACAAGCUGGACUACCUGCUGAAACCCGCCGGACUCUUCUACAUGUUCUCAGGGCUGUGUAUGAUCAUCUCGGCGGAGGUCAUCCGUCAGUCGGUGCACCGGAUGAUUGACAGUAAGGAGACGGUGUGGAUUGAGUAUUACUACUCCUGGUCGUUCGGCUGCGCCUGCGCGGCCUUCGUGCUGCUCUUCAUCUGCGGGAUCGCCCUGGUGCUCAUCUCUCUUCCCCGGAUGCCCAGGAACCCAUGGGAGACUUGUAUGGACGCGGAGCCGGAGAUGUGAGAAGCCCCGCCCCCUGGAUGAUAUAAGGGGAGGAGCUAUGGGUGUGAAGGAUGUUGUGAAACCCAGAGGACACACCUCCUCCUCACAUAUCUUCUCACUAUAGAUGAUUUUUUUUACUGUAUAUAAAGAUUGAACCUGAUGGACGCCUCCCCCCUCAGCCACAUGACGCCAGGGACAACUCCCAUCAUCCCUGCAGACCGCCUAUAGGGCUCUAUACAGACAAUGACUUCAGCCGGCGCAGAUGACAGAUCCCCAGGGACUAUCUUUUCUGAGGACCAUAAAUGCCCAGGAUUUUUAAAGUGACCCUGCCCAAAUCUCCGCAGACACUGACCCCAGGAGGGCGACACUGAGCCAAUAUAACAAGUGUCCUACAGUAGACUGCCCCCUCAAAUAUAGUGACAGACCCCUCCCAUCUACUAGAAAAUGCUACAGGCCCCUCCCACCUAAAGGAAAACACAACAAGCCCCUCCCUAUUAGAAAAUAAGACAGGUCCCUCCGAAGUGCCAGAAAAUACUACAUACCCCUCCAAACUUUAAGAAAAAUAAAAUACUACAAGCCCUCCCAACUAAAAAUUAAUAAAUACUACAGCCCCCUCCACCUACUAGAAAAUACUACAGUCUCCUCCCACCAACUUACAAACAAAAUACUACAGAACCCUCCCACCUACAAGAAAGCUUAACAGGCCCCUCCCACCUACUAGAAAGCAUAACAGGCCCCUCCCACCUACUAGAAAGCUUAACAGGCCCCUCCCACCUACUAGAA